AUGGUACGGGGACUAAAUUUCUGCACGAUUGGAUUGCUUCCCUCACCUUAUGUAUUCUCUUUCUCUGCAGCAACAUCGGGAGUCCAGGUGAUACAGAGCCUGGCAAGCCUUCAGACCUUGGAGACAGCAGCUUCUGUGAUCCGAGGAGCGGCACAGUCGGUUUCAUCCGUCUUGCCAUGGCCCAUUCAGCAGCCUGUGGCAGUUCUGGGCUCAGAUCUCGCAUCUGUAAUUGCUCUGCAGCCAGAUCUGGAUGGCGUUGGGAGGCUUGUCGCCAUCUACUACCUGCUGCUGAUGCGGCCGAGUCCAGUGUUGGGCGUGCUGGACUUCUACGUGCUGGUGCCCUUUGGGAAGCUGUUCCAGAGGCGCUACCGCGUGGCCGAACUCACUCUGCGCGACCGCCUCGGCGCCGGCAACUUUGGACAGGUGUUUGAGGGGAUCAAGAAUAAGGACGGCGAGCGCAAUCGCAAUGCGAUGCUGACGCCGGAAGAGAAGAAGCGGCGGCUGGUGCUGAAGCGCGUGAAUCUGGAUGGCGCCGAGCAGCGCAGCAGCUUCCUGCGGGCUGGCACCAUGGCCAGGGGAGCGGGGGAGACGGGUAUGGCAGAGGCGUACAUGUGCUCGCGGAUUAUGCGCGACCCGCUGGUGCGGCAGGGCAUAGCGGAGUACCAGGGCGAGUUUGAGGCGGAGGAGACCGACGGCGGCUUCACGCGCGGCACGCAGUGGCUCGUGUGGAAGUUCGAGUCCGACUCCACUCUCGGAGACGCCAUGCAGGGCAGCCUCGGCAGCCGCUUCCCGGAGUGCUUGGAGGAGAUAAUGCUGGGGCGCAUAAGGGACAACGUAGAUGAGGCAAAGCGAGACACAGCCAUCAUCCGCGUCGUGCUGAAGAAGCUCGUCACAGGCGUCAAGGGGCUGCACUCUCUUGGCAUCGUGCAUCGGGACGUGAAGCCGGAGAACGUGCUGAUCACUGCUCAGGGGGACGUGAAAAUCAUCGAUUUUGGCGCUGCCGUGGACAUGUGCACGGGCAUCAACUUCAACCCCCUGUAUGGCAUGCUGGACCCCCGCUACAGCCCGCCAGAGGAGCUGGUGAUGCCCAAGAGCUUUCCACGCGCGCCGCUGCCAUUUCUGGCCGCGCUGGUGUCGCCACUCGCGUGGCAGAUCGGCCGCCCCGACCUCUUUGACACCUACAGCAUUGGCGUCCUGCUGCUUCAGAUGGCAGUCCCGGAGCUGCGUGCGGCUUCCGCUGUCCGGACGUUCAACACGGCGCUCAAGCAGUGUGACUGGGAUUUGGAGGAGUGGCGGGCCACAAAAGGUGCGCGCUAUGAUUACUCACUGCUGGACCGCAGAGGGAACGCCGGCUGGGACCUGGCAUGCAAGCUCGUCUGCCGCCGCAACUCCCUCAACCGUGGCCGCCUCUCCGCAGCCGCCGCCCUACGCCACCGCUUCUUCCUCCCGGAAUUCUAGCGGCUGCUAGAGCUCUUCACUGAUGUACUUUGUCUCCGGAGAUCAUUAAAAGAGCAGAGGGCUUCUUCCCUCACUCUCUACCCUUUACUGCAAGCACGAGUCUGCAGGCCCGUAGUCAGUAUGUGAAGACGAAGUACCGAGAGUGAAAGCAUGUGUGAUAUUGCUUCUUGUUUGUAGGCCUGUUGGUUUUUCUGUGCUAAGGUUCUUUUCACUCUUGAGUCUAUCUGUCGCCUUGAGAUGGAGAUCGCAAGUAAUGUGACUCAAUUUCACCUCACCUAUGAAUAUUCUUUUGCCCUCUUCUGCCAUACUGCUGCAAUUCUGCCACAUGGAGCAUUGCAUAGGAGCGCAUGCUCACUAUGAUGUGACUGUCAUUUGAGACUCUUUUCUGGGCAGUAUGACAGCAAGAACACCAGUAUCUGGCGUGAUUUUUGCGCCAUAUAUUACUGUACAUGCAGCCAACUUCCUGCCUGGAGAGAAUGGAGUGUGUCUAAUGCACCCAUGCUUCCCACAGGCUUGCAGACCUUGUAGAGAAAUAGAGUUGUGCUUUGUUUUGAGUGAGUGUAGCAUUGAGCAGGGAAUGUGAAUGAGCACAACUAGUAGCGCAGGCAUCUUUCUAUAACAAGCUAGUAGAGCCCGUGCUUAGCUUUUGCCAAUCAGGAGUGAAGCUGUAGAGUCUGACCAUCCACUGUAUCACUUGUGUUCCAAAUUUUGUAAUGAUCAUGCAGUGCC